CAAGGGGAAGAGAAAUCACAUUUUCAUGGAAGAGGGUGGCUUGAUUCCUAUUGUCACUUCCAUUUCUAAAACAGUAGACUUGGAAGAUGGACAGACCAACGGAGGUGAACUCAAGAAAGCUCCUUUGUCCAAAAUUUCCAUCUUAACUAGUUUCCACGCUGGAUAUUUCCGAAUUAGUCUUUCAUUAUCUGCUCAAUCUCUCCUCUGGAAAACCCUGAACAAAUCCACAGCCGGCCACCUCAUUUUCCCAAACGCCGCAUUUCUCCUUAUUUGGUCCCUUGCAUUCUUCUCCCUUACUAUUGUUUCCCUCUUCUACAUAUCUCGUUGCAUCCUUCGUUAUCCCUCUGUCCGCUUAGAAUUCUCUCAUCAUAUCGGUGUAAAUUACCUUUUCGCGCCCUUCAUCUCCUCCCUCUUACUCCUCCAAUCUGCUUCUUUUAUACGUUCCUCCUCUAAACUUUACAUUAUACCUUGCCUUCUCUCCUCCGUUCCGAUUCUCGUCCUUGACAUCAAAAUCUAUGGACAAUGGUUUACUGCUAGAGGCAAGAGGUUUUUAUCAACCGUGGCUAAUCCUACAAGUCUUUUAACGGUGAUCGGGAACUUGGUGGGGGCGCGGGCUGCGGCGAUGAUGGGAUGGAGAGAGAGUGCAAUGUGUAUGUUUGCUCUCGGUAUAGCACAUUAUUUUGUGUUGUUUGUGACUUUGUAUCAGAGACUUGAGUAUAGUGGAGGAGGGGCUUUGCCUGCUAUGCUUAGGCCGGUGUUUUUUCUCUUCUUUGCUGCCCCGAGUAUGGCUAGUCUUGCUUGGAGCUCGAUUGCGGGGUCGUUUGAUCUUCUUUGCAAGAUGCUCUUCUUUCUGUCACUUUUCCUCUUUGCUUCCUUGGUUUCUCGUCCAGCCUUGUUCAAGAGAUCGAUGAAGCGUUUCAACAUUGCGUGGUGGGCGUAUUCCUUCCCCCUAACCUUGCUGGCCUUGGCAGCGAACGAAUACACUCAAGAAGUAAAGGGUGAUAUCUCAAAUGCCCUAAUGCUCAUAAUUUCCAUAAUCUCGGUGUUGGUUACACUUGCACUAAUUUUCUUCUCAGCCGUGAAUCCUAGCCUUCUAUUGCCUCGUGAUGAUCCUUUCCUCCCUUCUCCAUUGAUACCGCCAGCAACAUGAGAUACCCCUGGCUUAAUUAUAUGCUCUUCACUUUUAUAGUAUCGAUUGUUGACAUAAACUUGUUCAAUGGACUUUAGUUUUGGUUUGUGUUGUUGUAAUCUUCUGAACAUCUGAAUGUAUAUAUUAUGUUCUGGAAUAAGGAGUUAGAAUUUUGCAA